AUGGAUGAUUCUAUAAAAAAGAGAUACAAACAAUCACAUGUUGUUAUUAGGUUCCUUAUAACUGUUUACAUUAAAAUAUUCUUAUUCAUUUUAUUGACGCUUGCUUUAGGCUGCCAAAUAAUAUGCAUCAUUUUAUUCUUUCCCCUGAUUAUAUGUAACAAAAAGGCUCGGGUAACAAUACUUGGAUACUGUUUUAGACUUUUCAUGUGUCUUAUGUGGUGCCCACUUAACCCAUUUUGGAAACUAAAAAUAAUCAGAAAAGCGAAGAAGGGUUAUAAAGUAUCGAAAACUCUUUUAUUUUGCAAUCACUUGUCUUCACUAGACCCAUGGAUAGUUAAUGCUGGUGUCAUACAAUGGAAUUUAAAAUUCGUUUUUAAGAGCUCACUAUAUAAUGUACCUAUUGGAGGACAGGCAUUAUAUUUAUCAGGAGAUAUUCCAGUUUAUUUUACUAAAGGAAAAGGUGGAUGGGAAGUUAAACAAGGGGGAACUGAAGAGGUUAUGAAAUUAUGUAAAUUAUAUCAAAACAUGAAUAUAAGCACAGUUGUAUUUCCCGAAGGCACACGUUCUAUUACCGGAGAGUUGCAAUUUUUCAAAACAGGCUUUUUUAGAUUUGCAAUUGAAAAUAACUGUGAAAUAUUGCCAUGUGCACUACAUGCAACAAAUAAUGUAUGGCCCAUUAAAUCAAAACUACACGACAUGGGAACUGUAUAUUUUUCCGUGGGGGAACCAUUUUAUCCAACUCCUGGUAUGACUGUAGAACAAUUGAUAGAAAAAACGAGAAAUAGUAUUCUUGACCUGAUUAAAGAGUUCCCUGAUUACGAUCCACAGAUUGACAAGUUAGCAACCGAAGCGACAAAAUUAAGAGGACAUGGUCUAUAA